AUGCGUCGUUUUGGCGCUCGGAACCGUCAAGAGUCACCGCCAACUGCCUCUUCGUUAUUUGCUCCGCUAUUUGGCCACCAUCACUCUGACAAGACGUCUGCGUCUCUUCACGGAUCCCUUGCCCGUGCCGGCAAAGUCAAGUCGCAAACUCCAAAGGUCGAGAAGCAGGAGAAGAAGAAGACUCCAAAGGGUCGUGCUAAGAAGAGAAUUCUCUACAACCGUCGCUUUGUCAACGUGACCGCUGCUCCAGGUGGAAAGCGCAGAAUGAACCCUGCACCAGAGAAGUAG